AUGAUUCAUCAGGAAGCGAAGCGCUACAUAAACCGGGACGGUUUCGCGUUCUGUAGUCCUUGCUCCCGGGCCCCACCUUCUUCUUCGCUUCUCACAAUGUCGGCUGAAGGCAAACUGAGCGAGAACGAGAAAGAUAGCUACGAUGAAGAGAAGGGCGCUGUCGUCACUCACGUCGACCUGGCGAACAACGUCCAGGCAAAAAUCCAGAACCCACUGUACGGUAUCCCGCGCAAGACAUUGCUCAAGAACGUCGAAAGGUUCGUGCAAGAGAAAGACCUAGAAGAUAAAACGGAUCUCUUCAAGAAGGCGGCUCUGUUAGCUCAAAACCCCAAAGAGUUUGAGGAGAUCCCCGAGUUGACGGAAGACGACAAGUAUCAUAUUCGCCGCGAGACGACUAAUCGAUGGAGUCAGUCAAGAGACCUCUACUUGACAGUUGUUAUCUGCAGUUUGGCUGCUGCUGUCCAAGGAUGGGAUCAGACUGGAUCCAACGGCGCCAAUUUGUCCUUCCCACAAGAGUUGGGUCUCGCAUCGGAACCGGGCCAUCCACGGGCGGAAAUCAAUGACUGGAUUGUUGGGUUAAUCAAUUCUGGGCCAUACAUCGCGACGUGUCUGAUUGGGUGUUGGCUCACCGAUCCCCUAAACCACUUCUUCGGACGUCGAGGGACUCUGUUCUGGUGUGGCAUCUUCUGUACGUUCAGCGUUAUCGGUCAAGGCCUUGCCCAAACCUGGGAACAACUAUUCGUCUGCCGCCUGCUCCUCGGACUCGGCAUGGGCCCCAAAGCGACUACCUCACCCGUCUUUGCCGCAGAAAACGUCCCCGCCAACAUCCGAGGAGGUCUCGUCAUGUCCUGGCAAAUGUGGACGGCAUUCGGUAUCUUCCUCGGCUUCUCUGCCAAUCUAGCUCUGCAAGGAACAGGGGACAUCGCGUGGCGCCUCGAGCUAGGUUCCGCGUUCCUGCCUGCCGUCCCUUUGACUAUUGGGAUCUACUUCUGCCCGGAAUCACCUCGUUGGUACAUGAAGAAAAAUCGCUACAAGGACGCCUACAAAUCGUUCUGCCGCCUACGAAACAGCGAGAUUCAGGCCGCGCGCGACCUUUACUACGUCCACUGUCAGCUUGUCGAGGAGUUGGCGGUCCUCAAAGGCACAAACUACUUUAUGCGCUUCUACGAGCUCUUCACCAUCCCCCGCAACCGUCGCGCUACGCUCGCGAGCUGGGUCGUGAUGAUCGCGCAGCAGAUGUGCGGCAUCAACAUCAUCGCAUUCUACUCGUCCACGAUCUUCGUCAACGCUGGCUAUUCUUCCAGGCAGGCCUUGCUGGCUUCGUGGGGUUUCGGGUUGGUUAAUUGGCUGUUUGCGUUCCCGGCAGUGUGGACGAUCGAUACGUUUGGACGGCGGAAUUUGCUGUUGUUCACGUUCCCGAACAUGGCGUGGACGCUUUUGGCGGCUGGGUUCUGCUUCUACAUCCCCGAAUCGAGCUCUGCGAGGGUUCCGCUCAUUGCGUUCUUCAUUUUCUUCUUCGCAGCGUUCUACUCGCCUGGUGAAGGUCCCGUUCCAUUCACUUAUUCUGCGGAGGUCUUCCCGCUCACGCACCGAGAGAUGGGAAUGUCAUGGGCCGUCGCAACGUGCUUCUUCUGGGCCUCUGUCUUAUCGCUAACAUUCCCCCGUCUACUGAGUGCCUUCGGGAGCGUCGGGGCUUUCGGGUUCUACGCCGGUCUGAACGUCGUCGCCUUCGUCAUGAUCUUCUUCCUCAUGCCUGAAACGAAACAACGCACCCUCGAGGAGCUCGACUACGUCUUCGCCGUGCCCACCUCCAGGCACGCUUCCUACCAACUGAAGACCUUCCUUCCAUACUGGAUUCGCCGCUGGGUGCUCUUCCAGAAGGUCGAGCUCAAGCCGCUCUACAACUUUGAUGAGGUCGAGUCGAUUACGGUCUUCGAAAAGGGUGCUGGGCACUAG